GGAUUAGGACACUCCUAAUGCAUCACUUUUUCUACAAAUACCCAUUGACCAGCCAUUAGAAUUCACGUUUCGCACUGUGACAACUUGCAUCGAUUUCCAUUGAUUUGUUGUUGUGUCUUGACCGGAGUAUCUUUGCAAAUAUAUUGAUUUGAGAGAGCAAGUCUAUCGACCUUUGACGAUUAAGAUCUACCCAUUCUUAGGCUUGUUUUUGUUUUAAAGUGCAAUUACAAUGGAACCCGCGACUGCAAGUGCUAUUUUAGCUAAACUUGAAGCCAUUACCUGUCAAUGGGAAGUGAUAAAUGAAAGGUUGGAUCACAUGGGAGUUCCAAAGGAGCAAGUGGGCUGCUCGGACACACGUCAAGAUAAAGAACUUAGCUCAUGUGAGCUACGAGGUAAAAAUGCUACCCCCUACACUCCUAUGAACGUAGCUGCGAUUUUACCUAGUGUAGGAGUGGAUGAGUCUUCAUUUUGUGAUACUCUUGAUAUUGUUAGGUCGCAUGAGGACCAAACUCUUGUUGUAGGUACGAAAGCACUAGUUGAUUCUUUAUAUGACAAAAUUGAUUCUUCCCGUGAAAAUGAUUUGUGUCCAUGUAAUUCUAGCACUUACAACUUGACCAAGGUUCCAUUACCAAGUGAUGAGAGUAUUCAAACACUAGUUGACCCUUGUGAAAAAAAAGGUGAGUCUACGUUGGAAUGUGAAUUGCCAACAACUAGUGAGGGUGAGCAAAAUGAUCAAUCGGGCGUAGAUGAUCUUGAUUUGCUUGAGUAUUUAGAAAACCCGAGUUGUGAUUAUCCUUGUGUAGAUAAUUUUGGUUAUGGUCCUUUGGCUGCUCGUGAUGGUUUGUAUGUAUGUAAGGACUACUUUUGUGAAAGAGAAGGUGAUAUGUUCUUAGAAAUGCCAUCUACUUCUUCUUUAUGUGUUUCUUAUGUUGGAUAUAUUCCUAGUAGAGAUUUUGAAACUAGUUGUAAGUGUAUGCAUGAGAACCCUUUAUUUGAAGUUGAUUUAUGGAACACCUUUCUCAACCCUCUUUUUGUUCAUGAUAUUUUCAAUGGUGAUAAAGAGAGAUUGCUUAAUUUCGAGGAUGACACCCUAGGGGAAAGUUAGAGUGGCCAAGACCUAAGCCCUUGGUUACGUAUUCCAUUUGACCCCGAUAACUUCUUUGGGUGUGAACGAUGGAUAGUUAUUGGUUGGUCCACUUUUUUGAGUGAUAUUUCUAUAUGUGUUGCGUGGACUUUACUUUCAAUUAGGGAACCACCCCUUUGUAAUAUUUUUGAUAGGUCCCUUGUGAUUAAAGCCAAGGAUGUGUGGUUAUAUCUCAAGUAUGUACCUCCUUGGCAUGUUGAUGUUGUUUAUUGUACUAACUCUAACCCUCAUGUCAUGAGGAUGUGGUGCUUGUUUGUUUUCUCUUCGUUCUUAAAAGGUUUGGAUUCGAGGUCGAAUCCUUUUCAAGAAGGGGAGGAUGAUACAAGUCAAAUGACCACCCUAAUUUUGAAGACAUGUUUGGAUACCAUCACUUAAACGCUCAAGACUUGGUCACCCCGAAGGAACAAGAAUAUGCAUGGAAUACCCAUUUUGAGCCUACCAUUGAGCAUACCAUUCAUCAAGGCUGUGAGUGGAAGAUUUCUUGGAGCAUUGAAAACUCGAGGAUUCACGAUUUUGGAGACUUAAUAGCUCAUGGUUUUGGGCGAUCUUUAUUGAGACCAUUUUGGUCACUUCAUUUUACCCAAAAUACAAUCCAUGGCCACCCCUCUCAUUAAAGGUAGUGUAGUCAUUUGCCUUCUUUUGUAAUGUAAUAUAAAUAGAACAAGAUAGGAUUUCUUAGGAAUUAGUUGUUUAUUGAUGUAAGACUUGAAACAUGAAGCACCUUUAGUUGUAGGUCUUGGAUUAGCCACCACACCAAAAUGAGGCCAACAAGUAUGGAUAUCACUUGUGUUGCAAUGUUGACUUGAUACGUUGGUGCUUAGAGGAGGUAAAGUUCCUCUAGUAUCAACGUAGGAGUU